AUGAAGAAGAACCAGACGGUGCAGGGCACCUUCAGCAAGAUCUUCGGCAAGAAGCACGCCAGCCCCAACGCCUCCUCCCUGUACGCCACCAACCCGCCCUGGAUCUUCGCCCAGGAGGCCCCGGACGAGGGCGCCAGGGUCCUGGAUGGGAUCUAUUACGGGGACAGUCGGUUUGACACGGAGAGCGAGUCAGGAACAGCCACGCUGAAAGCUCGGCCCAGAGUUCGGCCCCUGCUGACCUUCCUUCCGCUGAAUGCCCAGGAGAACCAUGGCCUGGCUGUGCCCACCCCCUCUGUCCCGGAAGACUUUGCAGACAAGGAAGUGACAGGUACCAGCUCACUAGCCAAUGGCAACCUCCGGCUGUACAGCUCUGUGGGCGACCUCAGGCCUGGGCACUAUGGCCAGGACCCAUUCAUCCCUCCCCCUCCCCCAGGCCCCGCCCCAGGGCCACCUCCAGGACCUCCCCCAGACACUUCGCCACCUCCAGGGGAGUCCCCGCCACCACCUCCACCUUCCAUGGCUUCCUUGCCACCUGCCCUGCUGCUGGAACCCCCACCGCCACCCACCAUGGCCCCUCCUCCACCCCCAGUAUCAGGGACCCUGUCCCCCCCAACCACACCCACCCCUCCUGAUUUCAUUCCCCCUGCCCCGCCCUUGGCCUUUGUAGCCCCACCCCCACCCCCUAUGCCGGCCCCAGCACCCCCAGCUCCAGUGUCUCCCUACUCUACGAGGACUCACCUCUUUCCCCCUGCGGGUGUCACCAAAUGGAAAUCAGAGGUAACACUGAAUGGCAAGCAGCCAGAGGCCCCCAGAGCCAGCCCCCCCAGGAGCCCUGCUGAGCCAAAGGGGAGCCCCCUGGGACCUAAACCAGAGUCCCACCUCACCUUCCCCCGUUCAUACAAGGUGCCUCCCCCAACCCCAGUCAGAACCUCGUCCAUCCCAGUGCAGGAAGCACCCGGGGCUCCUGCAGAGGGAGAAGGGGCCACCCAGAAGGCCCCCAGCCGACUCCCACUGCCCCCCAGCUUCCACAUCCGCCCCGCAUCCCAGGUCUACCCGGAUAGGGCCCCCGAACCAGAUGGCCUCGGGGAGCUCCGCACGGAGGCACCUGCCAGCCCCAGCCUGAGCCAGCCCCAGACCAGGACAAGGGAGCAAGCUGAGACUCCACCCCCAGCCUCUCCCCUGCCCCGCCCCACACCCCAGCCCCCUCCCCCAGCACCCCCGCUCCCUCCCCCAGCACCCCCUCUCCCCCCAGCUGCCCCUCCUUUGCCCUCUGCUGAGAAGGCAACCCCUCCACCUGCUAGGUUUAUGAAAAGCCCCAAAUCCAGCUCUCCUGCUCCCAAACCCAAACCCAGCCCCCCCAGCCCAGAGGACACAGGCUCUUCAGAGAACACAGCCUCUUCAGAGCCCGUGGACUGGCGGGACCCCAGCCAGAUGGCACAGCUUCGGAGCGAGCUGGCAGCCUACCUCUUUGGCUCCAAGAGAGAGGACCGAGGCACCAGUCACAGGCCAGGCCCGAGGGCGGCCUCUCCAGGAAAGGAGGGCAGGAAGGGCCCCGGCCUGCCGGAGAAGGAGAUCCCCCCAAGUGAUCCUGAGAAGAGUCCCCGCCCAGACAGAGAGGCCCCCGCCAGCCUGCCCCUGCCCCUGCCCCCUGCAGACUACGCCCCCCAGGACUCUCCGAUGCUCAGUGUCCAGCAGAUCCGGAGUGAGCUGGAGGCGCGGCUUUCGGCUUUCGCGGAGAAGGACCCCAAGCCCAGCAUCGGGUCUCUGCCCCCCAAGCCUCGGCUAGAAGCGGGGAGAGUCUUUGAAAACAGAGCUGCUAAUGGCCAGUGCUCCAAGCCCGUGGCCAAGAACACGCCACCACUCUCCGCCGCCGCCCAGCCAACCACAGCGCACCAGUCCAAGGCCAUGCCUGGGCCAGCCACACCACCCAAAUCCACACCUGCUGCAGCCGCGAGAGGGCCAGGCACACCACCCACAGCCACCACCCUGCCCGCCGCAUCAUUCCCAAUGACAGAGAAGAAACUGGCCCCAGCCGAGCAGAGGAAGAAACCAGAACCCCAAGAAUUCGCAGCGCCUUCCCAGCCAGAGGCAGAAGGGCGCCCCUCGGAGGCCAGGAAGCCUACACAGGGAGCCCUGUCCCCUCCAGCCCUCCCACCAAAGAUGUCCCCUGGGAGAGAAGAGGUGACCUGUCUCUACAAACCCCAUCGCAGCCAGAACAGCAGCCAGAACAGCCCCAGCCGCGAGGUUGCCGUGGUGAUGCCCACCAUGGCCAGAGGAGCGGCUGCGGGGUCAGGGGAGGCUGUGGAGGUGGCGGAGCCCCAGGGGCUGCCAGCCAAAGCCCCAGCCCCUGCCCAGCCUGCAGACGAACUCCUCAGGCACCCGGUGACCGGGGAGGUGGUGGAGCGGGGCUCCCCCAUGGCCCUGCUCCUGGCAGCCAGGCAGAGGGCACAGAAGGGGCGGUCUCGAGGGGCCGGCCUGGCUCUGUCCUCCCUGCCCGGGAGUCUCCGAGGGCAGCCCCAGGCAGGCUCCGACAGCAUCUUCCUUAGGAAUGGCCAGCCCAACUCCUUCACGGUGGUCCCCAAGCCACCCUCAGAGCCUGAGAAGGACCCCCAGCCCCCCGCCUCUGCACAGCCCCGUCCGUGGAAGGCCCAGCUGGGCAGAGAGCCGGAGGACACAGAGCCCAGCCGAGGGCACAGCUGGACCAAGGCGGAGCCCCAGGCCCCUGUGGCCUGGGACCGGCCCGCCUCCUCCAACCUCCCCCAGGGCCGCGCGCUGCCCAAGUCCUUCUCGUCCCCUUCCUCUCCCUCCUGCAAGAGGGAGGAGGAGGAGUUCAGCUUCGAGGUCAUCCCGCCCCCGCCCGAGUUCAGCAAUGACCCUGAGCCUCGAGCCCUCCAGUACCUGGGCCGCCGGGCCUCCCCUCCCCGGAACCGGUUCUCGGACUUGGGGCAGGCCCUGGACGCGCGCCUCCUGGCGGGCGAGCUCUACUCGGGGGCCAGGGGCCUGCAGCGCUUCUCGGGCGGGGGGCGCUCGCUCAUCAAGAAGCGCCUGUACGUCGGGGAGCCUCACCGCAGCCCCGCGCCGUCCCGCGGCGGCUCAGGCCGCAGCCUGAGCACCCCCAACUGCUUCGGCCCGCAGCCCGGGGGGCCCUUCGGAGCGCCCGGAGGCCCGGAGAUGCGGCGCGUCAACUCGGCGGGCCGCGCGCCCCCCGGCGGCCUGCGCGCACGGAGGAUGUCCCUGGAGGGCUCCACCCGCGGAGACGCCAAGUACAAAGCGCCCGGCCAAGCGCCGGGUGGCGGCGACCACGUUCUCGCCUCUGCUACGGGCAGGUCUCCCCGCGGCACCCCCCACUAUGGAAGCCCCAUCAACACGUUCACCGUGAGGCCUGGGACCCGCCAUCCCAUCUCCUACGCCUACCCAGGGGCCCAUCCAGGGGCCCAUCGGAAUGCCCUGUCCUGAGCCCCCCGGGGGGACGGGCCUGGCAGCUCUCCUCCGAGGGGUCGAUCUGGGCACUGGUUUUCGUGGGGGUGGGAGGGGCGCAGCCGGACUCAGACACAGAGGAGCCUCUGUUCCCGGAAGACAGAGAGAUGGACAAGACAGAGAGACGGACAGCCAGCAAGAAGCAGUGGCCAGAGGAAGAUCCGAGUGGGCCUCUGUUUCCCAGGGAGCUGUGGACGGCCUGGGGAUGGGGGGGAGGGGAAGGAGGGAGGAGAGGAGGCGGCUCCCAGGGCCUGGAGCACGGCUUUCUGCUAUCUGGCACCAUCUGCCUGAGUAAGGCUCGUUUAAAGCAGUUUUGCAGGCAGGGCCUACUGAGCAGGUUCUAAAAACAAGGGGCGGGCAUUAAACCUGAAGGGGACUGGUCUGGGGUGGCUGUGGUUGCUGUCAGGCCCUCAGGAAGGGCUUGGCGGGUGGGGGUGCGGGCAGCACAGGCUGCUCUCUCCAGCCUCCAUCAGUUGCCACCCUGGAGCUGAUUCCUGGGGCUCCUAGCAUAGGAGGUGGGACCGGGAAUGUGCCUACACAGCAUGUGGAGAAGGUGCCAGGCCGUGCUGUGCACUGAUUGGCCGAGGGAAGGGUCCCGGGGAGUUGAUGGUUCAUUCCUCUCUGGCCCUGGCCUUCAGCUCUCGGGAGCCCUAACGGAAGAAGCCUGGGCAAGUCCGGGUUGGGAGACAGAGAAUGAAGGCUGACUUUUCUACUUGUUCCCGGGCGCCGUGAUUUGGAGAUGGGGCUCCAGGAGCCAGAAGGCCGGGGGCUCAACACCAAAAGCCUUACCUAGCCGAGUCCUUCCAGGGGUUUGGAGGGGGCAUCGUUCCCAGCUCCUCCUCCCAACCCCCAUGCUACAGGUCCCCGAUAUUAGUGAGGCCUUAAAAUGUGUCCCCACAAUGCUGUGAGGUGCUGGAGAGUGGGAGGUGGCAGAGAGGGGAGAUGUGAUCUGAGAGAUCUGUGCCAACAGGCAUGUUUCGGAAAGUCAAGAGCGGUGGGGCUGGGCCGGUCCAGAGCAGGGACCCCUCGGUAGGGCGGCCAUGAGCAGUCCUGGUGUGUGCCUGGGCUCCAGUGAAUCAGACCCCCUUCCGCUCUCAUUAAAGUCCUGGUGUGGAUGAUACGUGGUCACCAAACACGUCAGGAAGCAGCGAUCCUCGGUCUGUCCUCCCUGCCUUGCUGGGCCGGAUUCCUGGGACCAGGCCGAGGCAGCCUGCCUGGUGAGGAGGGAGGGCAGGGAGGGGCCCACCGCAGAGGUGCAAGCCUGGCGUGGGCAGCAAGGAAGCGGCUCCUUUUGGGGAAGGAUGGUGGACCUCUGUGAUUUGUGGUGACCUGCGAGGUGCCAGUUUAUGGGGACAGCAGGUGAGCCACUCCAGGGAAGGAGUGCAGGAGAGAACAGGCACCCUCAUGGGCAGGACCUUGUGUUCAAGAAGCGAACACCGCCCGGCACUGUCACUGGCUCUGUAUGUAUGUGUCUUCCCUGUACAUGUUUUAUAAGAGCCCCUAAUUUAUCUGCUGUGUGAGGGCUGAGGGGUGGGGCAUGGGCUCCCAGCUGUAGCUUGCUCCGGGUGGGUGGGAAGGACAGGUUCUCGCGUGGCUUGAGAAAUGCACAGGCCAGUGGGGCCUGGCCUCCUGCAGGUUGGUGACUCGGAGCUCACAGGGCGCGAGGAGAGGUUGGGAGAGCUGGGAGGGAAGGCUGAGCACAGGGUGGUGGCUGCACUGACGGGUGAGCCAUUCCGCUGGACCCAAACGCUCUCUCUGACCCUUCGGUUCUCUUGUUCUCCAAAUCCAUCAGGGGGAGGAGCCGAGCUGAAGCCUGGCGAUAACCAGCUGUCCUCCAGCAAGUCUCUGGCUCUCUCCACCGUGGUUCCUUCUGUGCUCCAGGCAUGACCAUGAUAGCUACCUCAUAAGGCUGUUGUGAAGACGGGAGACAGUCCUGAGUUCAUUUAACAAGUACUGGAGUGACCACCAGGGGCUGGCACUGUGCUUAGCAUGAGGGACAGCAGUCAGUACACUGACUGACUCCUGCCUGCCCAUGGCAAGAUUGUAGCCGGGUGGAGGAGAGGGGAUGAAAGGAGCACACAGGAAGGAACAGGGAACGCGAGGAUAACUGGAAGGUGAGGGAGAGCAGUCGAUUUAGUCUAGCCAGGCAGUCAGGCCUCCUGAAGGGGUGACAUUUAUGCCGAUGUCGGCAAAGCAUCCAGCACAUGCCUGGCUCUUGGUAGUUGCUCAAUAAAUUGCAUCUUUGGGUGGUGACGACUUCA